AAACAGGCUUGAGUAAGAAUGCUUUCAUUAGUGUGGUUUUUUUAAGUGAUGAGGCUGUACCUAUAUUCCUGUGGAGGGAGUUUCAAAGAGUGUACGAUGGUGAUAUUAGUUGUUAGGCUGAUAUGAACAUGUAUUCUAUGUGGAUAGUAGCAUCACAACAUCUGGCAAGAGGGAACACCUCUAGAUAUGCUGGGCUUAUCUGUUAAUGUGAACAUGUACAUUCUGCACAUGUGUGGCUUCUGCAGAGCAUGUGCAAAGCUGAUUUUUAAAAAUGUUAGUUUUGGUUCAGCCUAUAUAUUUUGAGCGUGCAUAGGGUACAUUAGUCUUUAGAGACAUUGGGGGGGGGAUUAGGAGGCAGAGCUGAUGCUGUGCCUUAUACCACACCACUACCAUAAUUAAAACCUUUUCUUUCCUACCACAGUUUGCAGCAUUUCCCGAAAUAGGCAGGUUGCAGUCAAGGUGGAGAAAACAACAUGGGUCAAUGAGCACCUUGCAGGAAAAGAACAGUACAAGCAACAGUUAGCUCUUACUCUGAAAGACAUUGCAGAUAAGGUCUCAGAAAGGAAUCUGUACCAUCUGAAAAAAUCUCACACAGACUGUUGGCCUCUGAAACUUUGUCAGAACCUUGGCCAAGCAGAAUGAAAGGUAUAGCAACAAAAUUAACAAAGCCUUGCUAUGUGCUUUUGAAAGAUACCAACCAGCAAAGAAAACAAAAACAUUGUUUAAUGCAUCUGAAUCCAAAGAAAUUGCCACAGAAAAUGCAAAACAAAAGGAAGGAUGGUAUUUAUGAAAAACUAAGGGUUGCCCUGUUUGACUUGUUGGAUAAAAAUUGUACUAAAAAGCUAAAGACAUCCCCCAAGAUUAAGAAUGCUGGGGGACAACUGGAAUAUGAAAAAGUGAACAAGGUGGAAAGUGGCUUGGAACUUGACACUUCUGUUCAAGUGCUAAGUUCUGGAGAAUCAGACCCUGGGGAAACAAAUAAUGAUUUUGGUAUUAAAGCUGAAAGAACAAAAUCUACAGAUAUAUCUGCCCUAUGUGAUGAAGGUAUUUUUGCAAGAUUUUCUUCUAAGGAAUCAUGCCAUGAUAAUUCCAUUAUCCAUCAUUGUCAUGAAGAAGAAAUUGAAAAAGAGAAAGAGUGUUUAGAUACUUCUCCAAUUCAUGAGACGCAGUAUCAAGAGUAUCAAGAUCUGGACACAUCACCUAGCUUUUUAGGAGAAACAUCAGUCAGUGAUACUAGUCAAAAUCUGAUAGCUACUUUUCAUACAGAAGCUUUACAGACUCACAAAAUUUAUUCCUCUUUUUCAUCUGAAAAUUCAUUUAGUGAAACCAAGGUCUCCAAAAUAUCCCGAAGAAUGGGUGCUUCUCUGUUGCCUGAUACAACUGUUAAGAAAGCAGACAUAUGUCAAGCAAACUCUGAAUUUGAACCUAACUUUGUUUCAGGGGCCAAUCUUAAAUUAGACUUGAAGGACACAGUUUCUGACAUAAUGAAAAGUGAGAUGUCCAUAGGAGAAAGAAUUGUUUCAGAUUCUAUGGAUGCAUCGGCUGAAGAAUUUCUCAAAGAACAAGUGGGUGUGGAAGAACAUGAGACUCUAAACCCAAACAAUACCAUGUCUGGGAACAAGAAUAUGGAUAGUUGCUGGUUUCUUCUGAAAAUUGAUGAAGUUAUAGAUCAGGAAGAUUCUGUGUGUGCCACGGAUGAAGAAAACAAUUUCAGAGACCUGGAGUGUGGAGAUGUUAUUUUAGAUCAUGGUCUUGACUUUCCACAGUUGGACAGCAAGUCAGGGUAUCAGUCAUUCACAGAUGGCACUGCAGUUACCAAGCUCAGUGAGAAAAGAAGAAUAUCAAGUGAUCACCAAGAGGACCUGGAUGGCGAGAUCAACAAUGUAGAAGAAAGUGUGAAUACUCAACCAGCCGAAGAAAACAGUUCUGUGCAGGAGGAAGAAAGCCUGCGACCACAUCAAUCUCACGGUGUAAAAAUGGUCUUUUACGAAUUGUCUGGGUCAACAGUCAAACUCCUUGGAACUCAGACUCGCAGUGAUGAAAAGUUCACUUUGGGGAAGCUCAUAGAACUGGAGGAUUCAUCAGAUGACGAGGUGUAUAAUGAAGGGGCCAGCCAUAUCUCCCGGGGGAGAGCAUUCCACAAAAUGGAGAGCCACAACAGAAAAGGCCUGUUCUCAUGUUGCUACCCUCUGGAUCUCAUGAAGGAGGCACAGGAAGAAGGUCCUCAGAUGAUGAUCUCGGUUUGGCACAAGGAAAGCCAAGGCAACUGUGCUCUUCUGCUACCAAAUAGUAAAAAUGAAGGGAAGCUGUAUUCAGAAACUGUCAUUCAGCACAAGCCUUUGAAUUUAGAUGAUGAUAGGACAAAGAAGAAUAAGAGACGCCAGGGACCUAGCAAGGCACCAGCUCCAGUUCACAGUUCUCAGCUGACUCAGGAACAAAGUCGUCGUAAGGUUGUGGAUGCCUUGAGGGAAGCUCUUUUGAAAAGGUUGGAUGAUUUGCCUGACCUGUGUGUACAGAAAAAAACAGUCGUGAAGAUAGCAAAGAAAGUGGAGCAGGAGAUUUUCAAACGGUUUUGCUGUGUUGAACAAAACUACAAGAACAAGUACCGCAGUCUGCUCUUCAACUUAAAAUCUGCAGAAAACCAGUACCUCUUCCGCAAAUUAAUACUUGGGGAGAUUACCCCCAAGAGACUAGUUCAGAUGAGCUCCUUUGAGAUGGCACCCCCGGAACUAGCAGAGUGGAGAGCCAAAGAGAACAAACGUGCGCUGGAAAUAAUAGAGAGAGAGGAACAAGAAGCACCAAGGUGUUGCUCUGCAAAAUUCAACCACAAAGGCAUUGUAGAGAUAGAGAGAGAAGCAGAAGAGGACUUGAUGUUCCAAGAAAUAUUUGGAUCACAGUCACCCAAAGAGGUGAACCAUAGUUCUGAGAUUCCUAGAGUAUCUGUGAGAGACCCAGAUGAUGUUCAGCGGAAUUGUUCUGAGGAUCCAAACUAUCUUAGUUGUUUUGGACAAAUUACUGCCGGCGGCGAGCAGGGAUUUAAGUCACCUACGUACAAGCACGCUUUAAAACAGAAAGCAAAUGCCACCAAACAUUGGCACCCAAGCACCAUGUUCUCAGAGGAAGGAGAAAGGCCUCUUCAUGUGGACAGCCCCAUCUCACCUCACAUUCCAAAGAAACAUCGACGAAUGGAGAAGCAGCCCAGGAACUCCGCCAUCUGGGAAGGAGUCAUUCACAUGUUCAGUGUGAAGCAAUUUGUGGCAAAAGCAUAUCCUGUUUCUGGAUCCAGCUGUAAUCUGUCACAGGCUUUACCACAUCUUCUACAGGGAAGGGGCUGUAUUCUCCCGGACGAUGUCUGGUCCUAUCUAGACAGCAUAUGGCCAGCAAACAGCAAGGAGAUGGGAGUGAUAAGAUUCCACCCCAGCUUACCCAAAGGCUUCGACUCUUAUAACACGCUCUAUUCCUACUUGAACAAUAAACAAAGAUAUGGCAUCGUGGACAGCAACCAGAUGGAGAUAUUCAUGGUGCCAUUAGCAGCUUACCAGCCUGUGCCUUCUAAACUGCACACAUUUGGUGGUCCAGGGCUUGAGCCAUGCCACCCUUCUUUGUUGCUGGGACUAAUUCUGCCCAAGAGAACAUGUACAGGCAGUUUGGAAACAAUGUCUAAUCCUUUACCAAAAGCCAGGAGAAAGAAUAUCACUUUAAAGGACAGCACUGGAGCUGAUAGCUUUUCUCUUCCACAAGUGGACACUUGCCAGACAUGGCCACCACCACAAUUGUCCAUAGAUAGCCUUCUCUGUGGAAAUGAGGGGCCCUUGCUAGUCCUUCCAAGACAAGAGCCUUUAUCAGCUGAUGCUGUCUUUGUUCACCCUGAAGAGCUUGGUGGAGAGACAUUUCAUAGAGAUCCUUCCUCUUUGCGGCAUGAAGAGGCAGGAAAUGAAGCCAAUCACUUUCCUGUAGGUGAUACUCUCCAGUCACUAAGUAGUUCUUGGGCAGUGGAACAGUGGAACAACUUGAGUCUUGGAAUCUUGGGAGCACAGCCACAUCAGGACAGGGAUCAUGUGCAGCUCUGUGGUGAUUCUGAUCAAUCAUAUAUCUGGAAGACUCUUGAGCUUCUUUUGUCUGCUGAGCCUGUGUGCCCAGAUCAACAUGAAGCAGAUGGAGCAAACAUAAUAGAUUCCUCAUUCUUACAGAGCAUCCUUUGUGCUGAUGCUUUGCCACCUUGCGAAGUGUCACAGGUUCUAUCUUCGCCCCAGAUUCCUUGCGUUGCAUAUGUUGCUGGAGAACCCAACUCAUUGUUGCAGGAAACUUUAUCCCUCAUCCAGCAGGUUGAGUCCCAUCUCCAGACUCAGGGGCCUAAUGCACAGAUGCCCUAAGAGCCUUGUGGCCCUCAAGGACUAAACUGUAGUUGUUUAAAAACAAAAUGCAAAGAAAGGGAAAGGUGGCUUUAAAGAUUGUGGUGAGGCAUAGCAGCCAUCUUCUAAUGCAAUUAAGAAUUUAUCUCAGGAAAAAGCGGGGGGGGGGGGGAGGAAACCUAAUAUUGGAUUUGUGCUUUUCCAACUUUUUAAAUAUAUAUUUGCUUUUGUUGUUGUUGUUCAUGACUCUCAUAAUCCUUGCCCUCUGGCAAGAUUUGAUCAAUAUUCAGAAUGUGCUCGUGGUGAAAAAAACAUUAUGACCAUUGGGGAUGAUUUUGCAAGCCACUAAGAGGUGAAUACUGAUGACCAACUUUACUAAGCAUUCACGUAACAAUUUUGGUCAGUCAGCCAGCUGUAUUGUCCUGCCACGGAGAAUCUUGCCAUGCUUCUGUACCUGGCCAGAAAACUGGAGAACCAGUGGGAGAGAUAAUGUGAUCUUCACCUUUUGUUAGGAAGAUGAUACCACAUGGACUGGUUUGCCAAGUAAUGUUUGCACACCACUUGUUAAAGGGCCACCUCUAUUUUCCUGGAAAGCUUUCUUGUUACCAAAUUGAAUGCAACAGUCGCAGGUCAAUGUAUUGAGACUUGUAUCUCUGCCAACCAUAUUGUAAACAGCAGGUGGGAAUUCUAUUGGCAACAACAACAGCAUUCAGGUAGGGGGAAAUCACAUUGGGGAACAGACAGUGUAAGCUGCAAGUGGUGGAAGGUUUAUCACCCUCCGUUACCCUUCAAAUUGGACUCCCUCGUUUCUAAAUGAUCAGAGCAGAUCUGGGUUUUAAAAUAAUGCAUUUGCCACUGUGGUUCAUCUUGAUUGGUUCUGUAAAUGGUGUGAGCCUUGGCAUGCAAAAUCUCAAACUGUCUGUGGCAAAGCUGAUUGGUACACCACAAACACAUUUUCAGUAUAGCCUGAAAACAAGCAUUCUCCAGUAUGACCAUGCAGAUUCAUGCUUAAUAAUUUCCUGAACAAAAGGGUUUGAUGGUGAGAGAUAUAAGUGAAUAAAGUUCCACUAUUUCUGGGGUUUUUUGAAAUUAGAUGUGGUUGUGUGGGGUAAGAGAAGGUGACCCUAGUGGUAAAAAAACUGAUGUUAUAAGAUGAAAGUUGGGUUGGUACUGGUGUUAUCUGCACACAGAAUGCUAGCAUGACAGAUUUUUCUGUUUUUCUGUUAAGCUGUUCAUAGCAAUAAAAGCUUUGUUAAUUGUUAUAA